AUGAAGACGCAAAAUAUCCUACCCGCAUUGGCUCUGGCAGGAGGUUCGGUGGCACAGACACCGGCUGGCUUUACGCCGAGUGUGUCUGCACAUUUGGACGUCAUCUUUGGGACUAAGGUAGUCAACCCUCCCGGAACGCCAUUGAGCAAGUCAGAUACUGCGAGGCAGCCAACCAUUGGAACUAGUAAAGCUCUCAACGGAACUUAUGUCUGGAUGAUGAUCGAUCUUGACGCGUCAACAAAUUUCGCAAACCCAAAGGCAGGCCAACAGGCUACAUACCUGCACACUGUUCUUCGUGACUUUAAAUCGUCUGGGAAAACAACAGAUAGUGGCGUAUACACCCUCACCACUACAGCGACGGGGCCCGUAAGCUGGUUUGGAACAACUGCCCGAACUGUCACUGAUCCCGGCUCGAUACAGGGACCAGCUCCUCCAGCUGAGAAUCCGCCUCACCCGCAUCGCUAUACCAACCUCCUUUGGGAACAACCUGCGAAUUGGGCGAUCCCUCAGGCCGCGAGCACAAUGUUGCAGAGCAAGAGAAGUGGAUUCAACGUCACCGACUUUCAGAAGGCUGCUGGCUUAAGUGAUCCGGUUUUUGCGAACUACUUCAACGUCACUGGCUAG